CUUGCCACCACUGGUUUCCCUGGCCUGGCAGCUGGUCAAUCGCACCAAACACACACAAGAGAAAAGCAACUCCUUUCUUUCUUCGCAAUAAAAUCGCAAAAUUUUAUGUUUCCUUUUCCUCCUAGUUAAUUAUUUAUAUGCAACUUUAUUUUGCAUAAUGGACAGCUUAUACAACAUAGGGACUGCAAUAUUACUCGGAGUACUAGAUAGCAUUAAGGGAAUAGCCGUAGUUUUCUACCUAGAUAAGGAAGCGAACCGGAAGUCGCUGCAGCCGCGUCCGGGUCGGGCCACCAAGGAAAGUCUGUCGACGCCCGUGGCUUUUCCGCAGCAGCAGCAGCCCUCGGCCACCACAACGAAAUUAUCGUCGACUGUAAACAAAGACAACGGAGGGGGAGGCAAGCGGAAAGAGGAAUCUAAGGUGUUGCACCGCGUGCUGCAGUGCUGCCUGCUCAAUGGGGGCGUCUUCAUGCUGAGCAUCCUCCUGUUCGAGUACGGCGUGCUGCCCGGGCUCAACUUUUUCCUGUCGUAUCUGUUCUCGAACUCUGGCACCGUCUCCACCGUUUGGGGCUGGAUGAAGCCGUCGCUUUCGCUGCUGUUCCACAGCUUCUGGGUCGCGCCGCUCUUCCUGCUCAGCAAGAUCGUCAACAGCCUCUGGUUCCAGGACAUUGCCGACUCGGCCUACAAGUUCCGCAAGGGACGACCCCAGCUGAUCUCGAGCAUCAGCAAACUGAUCGCCGACACCCUCAUCAGUCUGCUCAUCCAGGUGCUGUUCCUGCUGCAGAGCACCGUGAUCAAGUACCUGCCGAUUCCGGUGCCGUUCGCGUGCAGCAUCCUCUACAUGGUCCACAUGAGCCUGCUGUGCUCGCUCUACGCGUUCGAGUACAAAUGGUUCAACAUGGGCUGGGAGCUGCACAAACGGCUGACCUACAUCGAGACCAACUGGCCGUUCUUCAUCGGGUUCGGGCUGCCGUUGGCCAUCCUGUCGGAGAUGCCCAACUCGCUCGUCAUCAGCGGGUGCGUGUUCUCCGUGCUGUUUCCGCUGUUUAUUCUGAGCGCGAACGAGGCCACUCCGAAGGUGUCGGUGUGCGAAACCCCCCUCAAGCUGUUCUCGCUGGUGGUGGCCAUCACGAACGCCCUGUUCAGCAGCCGAACGAAGCUGGGCAAGGCUGCGCUGUCCACGCCGAUCAGUGGCAGCCCCGCCGCCGGACCGCCCGGAAUGAUGAUGGGCCGCGGCAUGACUCCGCCCUCGAGCAGCACGCCGACGCCGUCGCUCAACUUCCAGCUGAACCAGCAGCAACGGAUGCGCCAACAGCAGCAGCACCAUCGGCAGCACCGUCACUCUUCACCCGUGCCCUCGGCGGUCGGUUCCACCGGUUCCGGGGCCGGCAUGGGACUGGUCAUGACGCCGCAGCAGCAGCAGGCCGCCCUGAACCGCAGCUUCAGACGAUAGAAGCGCUCGCAAAUGAUAGAUGAACGCACUCGGCUAACAUUUUUUUUGUUAAUAUACGACCCGACCUCAACCCGGAGGUCGACACGUGACGAACCAACAAUCAUGCCGAGACCGGACAGUUGAAACACGUGAUCAACGCGAUAUACCUACAGUAAUAGUGGACGGAACUUAACACAUUGGGUAAAAAAUCAAAGUGCAUGAAAAUAAUCAUCAACAUUUUACACACACAAACAAAACGUUACGAUAAUGGUGCUCAGUUUCGGUUUCAGAUUUGCGUUUGUUUGUUAUUUCGUUUAACAUGUUUU